AUGCAAGAAAGUAGCGUUUUUGAAAAACUUGAAGAUUUCUUAAACUCAUCUUUACAGUCUCAUACUGAUAUAGAUAUAAAAUUAAUGCUUUGCGAAAUAGGAAUCUAAGGAAUAUAAGCCUUAAGUAAAGCUUUGAUAUAAUGCACUAACCUUUAGAGCUUGAGAAUCUAUUUUUUAAAAAACAAUUUUGGCGCUUAAGGGGUAGCAGAAUUAGGUUAGGCUUUAGCAAAGUGCAUCAAUUUAAAAACUUUAAUAAUUUCGUUUAACUAAAAUCAACUUGGUUCCUUAGGUGUCUAAGGUUUAUGCUCUGGUUUAGCAUCUUGUCAAAAUUUAAAUGACUUUAUUCUUUAUUUUUAGAAUGACGAAAUAGGUAUAGCAGGAGCACAAUAACUAGGAUUAUCUCUACCAAACUGUUAAAAUCUAACUUAUAUGACACUUAAAUUAUAUAACAAUCAUAUUAACGAUGAUGCUGCAUAAUACUUAGGUUCUUCUUUAUCAAAUUUCCCUUAACUUAAGCUUCUAGAACUUGAUUUAACUCUUAACGAUAUUGGAGAUAAAGGUAUAUCUAAUAUGGGUUCUGGAUUAGCUAAGAGCGCUAGUCUUACAAAUUUAACUCUUUAGCUUAACGAGAAUAAAUUUACAUCUGAAGGUUUAUCUAAUUUAGGUUAUGCUUUAGCUAAAUCCACCAAUCUCUCUACUUUGUCUAUAUACAUUUAGUAAAUAAUAAUAUUUUAAUAACUAAUUUAAUUAUUUUAACUAUUAUUUAAUUUAAUAAUUAAUUUAUCUUGUCUCAUUAUUCUAAUUGGCAAUUAUUAAAAAGUGGUACAUAAAUUGGAGCAACUGGUAUAUAAGGUUUAAUUUAUGGUUUAUCGCAAUCUGCUAAACUCUCAUACCUUUUUUUAGACCUAAGAGAGAAUAACUUGGGAGAUUAAGGAGCCUAUAAUUUAGGUUGUGUUUUAUAAAAUUUACGAAAACUUUAAAUUUUGCAUCUUAUGUUAGACUUCAACUAAAUUAGCCAAUAAAGUAAAAAAAAGCUAGUAACAAAAGUAAAAAAACUCUAAAGCUUAAUUGAAUAGAGAAUAGAUUGCUUUUGACUCACAUUCAUAUUUGGCAUAUUAAUAAGCUAUUUAAUAUUAAAUUAUCAAAAUUAAAUGUUAUUUUAAGUAUGGUAUUUUAUAAAUAAAUUGA